CUUCUUUGUCUCGGACUCCAAACUUGUUGAAAAAAUAAUAAAUAAAUAACCAUCGAAGAGAAAAGUAUAAGAGCCUCAGGGACGGAAGAAAGAAUAUAUGCGAAACCGCGAAAAGAAAGCUCCAUCCACCACCACCACCCUUAUGUCUCCGCUACGAUCCAAUCCAAUCCCUUCCCUCCGAUGACUCUCCGCCUCCUUUUGAUCCGAUGUGACUCCUUCCCCCCCGUCCCCUCCCCUAAAUUGCUGUUGUUGUGUAGUGAGACAACCGUGAUAGCGAUUCCAUCGCCGGUUCCAAUCCCUUUUAUUGCCUGAUAGUUCUAACCCGAACCUUAGAUCCAGUUCUUCUUCUCCAUGGCCGACGCGUCCCCAAAGUUCAGGCCCCCGGACCUCCUGCCCCCUGCGCCCGCCGGCGAGCUCAGCGUCUCCCAUGACGGCCUCGACUUCUGGCAGUUCAUGGUCGCCGGCUCCGUCGCCGGCGUCGUCGAGCACACCGCCAUGUUCCCCGUUGACACCCUCAAGACACGGAUGCAGGCCGGCUCCCCGCCCUGCCAACCUCCUGUCGGCCUCCGCCAGGCCCUCCGCUCUGUCCUCCGCCUUGAGGGCCCCCUCGGCCUCUAUCGCGGCCUCGGCGCCAUGGGUCUCGGCGCCGGCCCCGCCCACGCUGUCUACUUCUCCGUCUACGAGAUCUCAAAAGAGUUCCUUUCCCAGGGGAACCCCAACAACUCGGUCGCCCAUGCCUCGUCGGGGGUUCUUGCUACUGUAGCCAGUGAUGCGGUGUUCACUCCCAUGGACACGGUGAAGCAGAGGCUGCAGCUCAAGAGCAGUCCAUACAAGGGGGUCGCCGACUGCGUCGGGAAGGUACUGAGGGAGGAGGGAUUCGGGGCUUUCUACGCAUCGUACCGGACCACGGUGCUGAUGAACGCCCCCUAUACGGCGGUCCACUUCGCGACCUAUGAGGCGGUAAAGAGGGGGCUGACGGAGGUUUCGCCUGACAGUGCCAAUGAUGAGAGGCUUGUCGUGCAUGCCACGGCUGGGGCCGCUGCUGGAGCCUUGGCGGCGGCAGUUACCACUCCUCUCGAUGUGGUCAAAACCCAGUUGCAGUGCCAGGGUGUUUGUGGUUGUGACAGAUUCUCUAGCAGCUCUAUACGAGAGGUUGUACGAACCAUAGUAAGGCGCGAUGGGUAUGUUGGGCUCCUGAGGGGAUGGAAGCCGAGGAUGCUUUUCCACGCUCCGGCGGCUGCUAUUUGCUGGUCUACAUAUGAAGCAUCAAAGUCCUUUUUUCAAGGGUUCAAUGACCGAAAGAGGCUUUCCUGAGAUUUAGUAGGAAAGAUAUAUUUUUCCCUGCCUUUUUUCUUCGCCCUUUGUCUUCGAGGAUAGCCGUUCCUCAAUCUUAUAUAGUGAUAUGCUUCCUUGGCCAAUCGAAAUAAGCAUCUUCCAUGGGUGCUGCUUUCUGUGCCAAGCAUAAUCGAUGUGGCUUGUUGUCCCCCCCCCUCUAUUUAAUGACAUUUAUUUGUAUAAUUUCUUGUUCAAAUAAUAUCGGUAAUAACUUUAUUAUGUGGAUGCAAGUUGCUUUGAUUUA